AGCAAUUACUCCAAGAUAAAAUCCUACUUCGUCCACUCAUACAACCCAAGACUCACAAUUGCUUCUUCCAUGGCCCUAUCCUUUGCUUCUUCUACUAGAUUCUCCAAGACGCAGUCAGGGGUAUGUUACAGUGUAUCCUUCACCCCACGACUCACUGUGAGAUGCUGUGAGACUGCUCAAGAGCCUCCCCCACCAAAAUCGAAGCUCCAAGUUGGAUCACCAAUCAUCAUCGUGGAAGCCCCUAAAGUGAUAAAAACAGCCGCUUCAAUGCCUUGUCUAAGGGCUAACUCUGGCUUGGUUAAGCCUGGCGAUGUUGGAAGAAUCGUGUCCAGAAAACCAAAGGACUUAUGGGCAGUUCGACUCUCCAUUGGAACCUAUCUUUUAGAUGGUAAAUAUUUCAAAGCUUUAGAGCUUGAAGAGUGAAGUAACGCCACACGAAUUUCAUAUUUUUAACGUUGUAUACUUUUUUAUAUAGAUACUUGAACAUUUUAAAAAUAUAUUUUAAAUUGUUUUAAAUUUAAAUUCAAAUUUCAUGGGAA